AUGUGUGAUUUGGUUGUUCAGGAAUGGGUCAGGCCGCACCAUGAUAUAGCUCAACUGGUUGCGCCUGGCGCCGCGUGCUUGAAAAACAAAUCCAUCCGCUCGCCCCUGGGUGCGGCCCUCCUGGCCUCCACGCAGGCUACCCUGGGAUCUGAGCUGCAAAAAGAAGAGCGAUCUAUCAAAGCUUGCGAAGAACUAGGAUUGAUUGGCUUGGUGCCCCGGCCUUUGAAAUCACAAUUCAGGAAGCCUGCUGUGUUGCCUUUGCAUAGUGAAAUGGCGGAUGAGUCUCGUUUGGCGGAUGAAAUAGGAGCGUAUCGUCAUCGAAACAUGCGAGACACAUACAUAAUAUGGAUGCUCGCUUGA